CACUCACGCCCAUAAACACACUUGAUACGGGGUCUCAUUUGGCUUCAGUCAUCGUGUUGGCAUGAAUUCAGCAUCAUUUUCCUUAGAAUAUGACUCCUCCCAGAUAACGAUUGCACAAUGCCCCACAGCAUCUCUGUGCUCUAUAUAUAUGCAGCUGACCUGUGGUCAGUACAACAGACUUCAGCACACCAGUUGACUUCUUACUGCCUAUCACUCGCUGUCAGCACACACGAACCCACAAUGAGCUACAUCUCAGAGCUUGAUGUGUCCCUGGAUAAAAAUGAGGAGAAAAACCUUAAAAUGCGAGGCUUCGAUGUAAUCGAUGGCAAUCUGAACGAAGGAGCAGGAAGAUGUGCCAGCCAUCUUUGGUCCAAACGUGGACCAUUGGCGAUCACCAAGGUUCAAGUUUCCUUCAACGAAGAGAUGGCUCAUGGUUUGAUCAAAGCAGGGUACAAAAAGAUCAACAAAGAUCUCAAUGCUGGAGUAGGAGGUAAUCAACUCUACCUUUGGUACUCCCAAGGGUCCGGAGAGUUUGAUACUCCCAUAGUGGACAUUAAUGUCACUACAGAUUCAGCCGAUGAAGCUAAAAAGUUUGGUUUUGGUUGGGAGAGAGUGACCUGUGAUCUGAACCGCGGUGUUUGUGGGAACUGGAUCCACUUGUGGCUGAAGAGAGAGAAAGAAACCUACAUCUGUGACGUCACUGCCACUGAUUCCUUUGGGUCAGACAUCGACCUCUUUAAGAAUGGCUACAUCCGUUUGGAUGAAGAUACUAACAGAGGUGCAAGAGGAGCCUAUGUCUUCAUCUGGUACCGUCAGACCACCGACCCAGAGAAGGCAGUCAAAGAAAUACAAGUCUCCGUCAAGGCUGAUCAGUAUCUGGAAUAUCAGCAUCAAGAUUACGACCCAGUGGUUGUUGACCUGAAAAAAGGGACCGGAGGCAACCAAGUGUUCCUGUGGUACAAGAAAGAAGGAUCCAGCCCAAUGAAGGCCAUCGUCCUGCUUCUCAACAAAGAUGCGUUUGAAGAAUAUCCGAAAGCUGGUUUCAAACUUGUCAAGCGCAAUCUCAACGAGGGCACCAAUGGAUGGGUUGAGUACCUGUGUGUCUAUCAGUAAAGUCAGAGAGUUCUCAACACUCACUGAAGUGGAACGCAUCUUACCGUUUUGUUAAAUCAUUCGGUGAUGGCCACUUUCUCCCUUUUUAAAUCAGUGCUAGUAGUAAUAACAGAAAGUAUUAAUAGUUAAUGCGUUCUUAUGUUAAUCUCCCGGUCAAUGAAAUCAAACUAUUCCGAAUGUCUGUUUUUCAAAUAUAAUCUGAAGGAAUGACUAAAUGUGUCACUUAUUCUGCACAUGUCUGCUCUCAAUAAAGAAACCUUUGCUUGUGAAA